AUGCAGUGGAUCUCUCGGCUCGAGGUCGCCAUCGACGAGCGCUUGGGCGGGACCCAGGACGCCGAGACUCGCGCCCAGAUCGUCAUUAUGAAGAAGACCGUGCAGGUAAUAUCAUCGCUGUGCAAGACCGCCAAGAAGCACGGCGCGGAGUCCGAUGAGUUCUUGGCUGAAGCAAAAAAUCAGAUGGCGUUCGUUGACAUGGACCCGAAGAUCGAGGUGAGUGUUUUCCCGGGCUUCGUCAAGUUGGCGGCCAAGCGCUUCUCGGUUCUGGGGGCCGCCGGCGCCGAUUUCUGGCAGUCCUUGUCCGUGGACAACUUGGCCGAAGUCACCGUUACCAUCGCUGAGACGCGCAAGUUGCAGCGCGAGCUGUUGUGCAGCAAGGUGGAGCCGGCCCAGGAGAACGCGACGACUUGCCGCGCAUCCCUCUUGAGCAUUUUCCAGGAGGCUUAUUUCUGCAAUGCCGAGUUGUCGGCUGAUACGCUCGUGGAGGUCGAGUCCAUCAGCAACGUGAUCAAAGCGUCGUCGACUUCUUCGAUCGGCGCCGCGCCGCUCGACAAGCUCGGGGCGGCCGUGGAGCUCGUCGCCGACAAGUCCGCAGAGGUCGCGAGCAGCUUGUUGCUUUUCCCGCCUGGCAAGCUCCUCCACCAGCAGGCGCUGAAGACCAGGGACGCCACCAAGGCCAGUGACCUCGCGCUGUCCCGCGUCGAAGUUGAGAGCGGCAAGCUGGGGGGGCUCGACAAGCUGGGUGAGCGGGGGUGGACGGCCCACUCCGAGGAUCUCGAGAGAGUGGCGCCGGCGGUGAAAUCUCUCGUCGGCGCGGUCGAGGCGCUGACCUCGGUGGACUACGGCCGCGCCGACAAGGACAUCAAGGGCGAUUUCAUGGAGCAAUUUUUCUGGGGCAGCAUGCGGUACUGGUCCGGGGUAGCCCUUGGUCAGGCCUUCGCUUUCGUCCUCAGGGUCGCGGACGAUCACGACAAGAUGGACGGCGAUCUGAUGGAGUGCAUCGUCGGCAUUGCGAUUGCGGCCCAUUGUACCAAUGUCGGUGGCGCUGUGUGCGACAGCAAGCAUGACUCGCUCAAGCCGGCGCUCAAGCAGAUCAUCUCCCUCCUGCCAUGCGUAGCCAAGGUGGUGGCCCUCAAGCAGGCUGAGACGCUGAACACUGGGGAGGCGAUCAAGCUCCAAGCAGCUCUCUGUGACUUCUCGAUGGACGCGGCCUGGGCGGACGAAGCUGCCAUCGCCACGGCGACCCUGGAGAGCGAUGGCUCGCAGUCGGAGCCCAGCUCCAACACGGCCAAGGAGAUUGCGGCGGCCUUCGGCACUGCCGUCAAGGAGAGGUUGUUCGAUCUGAGGCUUCGGAAAUCCAUCUUCAUGUCCGUUGUCGCCGAGAAGAAGCUCGCCGACUCCGUCAAGGCUUUCGUCGACCAAGUGCCUGAGGAGUACAAGACGAAUGCGUUUCCCAGGGAGUUCAAGGAGCUGCAGCUGGGGGACUUGACCAGCCUCGCCGCGGGCGUUGGCGACCGCCGUCUGGUGAAGCAGCUGUCCCUGAUGAAGGCGGCGCAUGCGACUGGGAUGGCAUUGCACGCCGUGGCGCAGGCUCGCGGCGAAGGCUUGCAGAUCGCCGAGCUCAGCGGCUCGGCCCCGGUGUGCGACGACACCGCCAAGCUCAUCACCUCGGCGCGCGCGCGCCUGCAGACGUUGGUGGCGACCGUCGUCGAGCCCGACCUCUUCGAGAAGAGGGAGGACGAGGACAAUCACCUCGACGCGUUCGACCAGUUCCUCGGCGACCCCAUGUCGUUCAAGGAGUUCGUGGUCGGGUCGGCCAUGAGGGAGCUCGACAUCUGGCGGAACGCGUGGACGGCAUGCGUGCACCAAAUCUGCAAUUCCAUCGAGUCGUCCAUUGAGCCGCCGGGCAUCCUGGCGCUCAAGGAUAGCAUCUUGAAGCCUGAGCACUCGGAGAAGCAUGCUGCGCUGGUCGGCAACAAGAACUACAAGGUCCUCUCCGAGAGCGUGAACGCCCUGAAGGAGGCUCGCCGCGUCGCGCGCUCCGUGGCCAAGGACGCGUUCGGCCCCUUCUUAGCGGCAGAUGUCGUCAGCAAGUCCAAGCAGGUGUUCGACAAUGGGAUCGAGGUCGUGUCCCUCACCUACGCCGUCUUCCAAGUCACUGCGGUGAUCCCGAAGAUCAAGGGCCAGAAGAAGCGCAAGGACGCGGUGGAUGCCCUGAAGGCGGACAUCUUGGCCAAGGGCGUCAAGAUGAGCGAGUCCAUCCUCGAGGAGUGCGCCCGGCUCGAGACCUCGGCGGCGUAG